GUGAUUAAAGAUCACAUAAAAUUUGAAUGAUCUUUCUUUUCAGCUUCUUAGUGGGUAAUUGAAAGGGACACUGAAAUUACAUAUUAUUAUAUUCAGGUAGAUAAAAAGCUUUCAAAGCUAGGCUCUAAGCGUCCACCUACCCUGGACUAAGAGUCUUGCUUUAACCGGUCAAUUGCAUGCUGGACCCCUUAAAAUUCACUGUUUGCCACAGGGGAGAGGGCUAAAGACUUCAACUUUUUAAGUUAUUGACGAAAAUGGGAGAUCAUGAAACUUAUGGAGAAACUGAAGGGCAACCCAUUUUAUUUGGCUGUUUGCUGCGCCUCUAUGCUUUUGUUCUUAAAGAAUUCUUUUGCAGCUGACACCAUAACUCCAGGGCAGUCCAUUAAUGACAGCCAUACAAUAGUUUCACCCGGUCGAAAAUUUGAACUGGGCUUUUUCACUCCGGGCAAUUUAAAUGUUCAAUAUUUAGGAAUAUGGUACAAAAAUAUCCCACUCCGAACUAUUGUCUGGGUAGCAAAUAGAGACAAUCCUGUUACAAAUUCUUCUGGAUUCUUGACAUUCGAUGAUGAUGGAAAGCUGGUCAUUCUUAACAAAACAGGAAGCCUCGUAUGGUCAUCGAACUCCUCACACGCUGCAAGAAGACCAGUUGCACAGCUGCUAGACAAUGGAAACUUUGUUUUGAAAGAUGCAGAGGAUGGAAACACUGAGAACCACAUAUGGCAAAGUUUUGAUUAUCCAUCAGACACAUUGUUACCAGGGAUGAAACUUGGUUGGAACAGGAAAACUGGCCUGAAUCGACAUCUGACAUCAUGGAAAAGCUCGAGUGAUCCUUCUUCAGGAAACUACACGUAUACUUUGGAUCCUCACGGACUUCCUCAGCUUGUUCUUCGGAAAGGGUCUAGCAAGCAGUUUCGGACUGGGCCAUGGUAUGGUACUCGGUUUAGUGCUAUACCUGCUCUCGUGGCGAACCCAGUUUUCCAACCGAAAUUUGUAUACAAUGAUGAUGAAGUGUACUAUUUCUUCAUAAUGCAGAAAAACAUUAUUUCAAGGUUUGUUUUGAAUCAAUCAGGUUUGGUCCAGCACUUCUCGUGGAACGACAGACGCUCUAGUUGGAAUCUCAUGUUCGCAGUUCAAGGAGAUCGCUGUGACAAUUAUGGCCUGUGUGGUGCUUAUGGUAUUUGUUACAUUAGCAAUUCCACCAUUAUCUGUGAAUGUAUGAAGGGCUUUGAACCUAAAUCACCCAAAGACUGGGAGAUGUUAGAUUGGUCUGACGGAUGUGUUCCUAAGAAUCCACAUAUCUGUAUAAAUAAAGGGUUUAUAAAGUUAAGUGGAAUGAAACUGCCAGAUGCAUCAGAGUUUUUGGUCAAUGUAAGCACGAGUGUCGAAGACUGCAAGGAGAGUUGCUUGAAGAACUGCUCUUGUGUGGCUUAUGCAAAAUUGGACAUCAAUGGUACUGGCAAUGGUUGUGUGACUUGGACUAAAGAGUUGAUUGAUACAAGACAAGUAGGUGAUUAUGGGCAAGAUCUAUAUGUAAGAGUUUCAGCUUCAGAACUAGGUUCGAACAGUCCUGCUCUAGCCUCACUUGGAGCUGGGAUUGAGCCUUGGUCUUACUGGAAUCUCUAUUUUGAUUCAGAUGAUGCUAGCAUGUCCAAGGGAAGAAAUAUAGCCAUUACUCUGGUCAUAUCAGUGUUUUCGGCUGUGAUCAUCAUGGCAUUGAUCAGCUGCUUUGUGAUUUGGAAAAAGAGAACUAAUGCAGCAGCCAAUCAACCAGAUAAUGGAGUCACUGUUAGCAGAUCUGAAGAUCAGAGGGAUGACCUUGAACUCCCAUUAUAUGAAUUUUCCUGCAUCCAAACUGCCACCAACAACUUCUCUGUUGCAAAUAAGAUUGGAGAAGGUGGAUUUGGUCCUGUUUACAAGGGCGAGUUAGAAUAUGGACAAGAAGUAGCUGUGAAAAGACUUGGGGAGAAUUCUGGACAAGGUCUCCGAGAGUUCAAGAAUGAGGUUAUCUUGAUCUCCAAACUACAACAUCGGAAUUUGGUCAAGCUUCUCGGUUGUUGCAUCCAAGGAGAAGAAAGAAUGUUAAUCUACGAGUACAUGCCAAACAAAAGCUUGGACUCCUUAAUAUUUGAUGAAGGAAUGCGUGCUUUUCUCAACUGGCGAAAGAGGUUAGACAUCAUCAUAGGGAUAGCUCGUGGGCUUCUUUAUCUACAUAGAGAUUCAAGAUUGAGAAUAAUCCAUAGGGAUCUCAAAGCCAGCAAUAUUCUGUUAGAUGGUGAGUUGAAUCCCAAAAUUUCGGAUUUUGGAAUGGCAAGAAUAUUUGGUGGGGAUCAGACUGAAGGAAACACCAAGAGGAUUGUUGGAACUUAUGGUUAUAUGCCUCCAGAGUAUGCAAUAGAUGGAAACUUCUCUUUAAAAUCUGAUGUCUUCAGCUUUGGUGUUAUAGUGUUGGAGAUAGUGAGUGGUAAGAAAAACCGAGGGUUUUUUCACUCAGAUCACAAACUUAAUCUUCUGGGGCAUGCCUGGAAAUUAUGGAAUGAAGAGAAGGCCUUAGACUUAGUGGAUGAAUUGCUCGAGAAUGAAUUUCCUGCCUCUGAAGUGCUGAAAUGCAUACAAGUGGGUCUUUUAUGUGUCCAACUGCGGCCAGAGGAGAGGCCAACUAUGGCAUCUGCCCUCCUAAUGUUGGACACUGAGAACACACGUUUACCUCAACCUGGACGACCUGGUUUCUACGCUGAAAGGUGCCUUUCAGAGACAGAUUCAUCUUCAAUCGGAAAUUUGAUUUCUAAUGAAAUGACUGUCACGUUGUCAGAGGGUCGCUAGUAUUUCAUUUCUGCUACUGGCAUUCAUCCUUUUGUUUUGUUGUAGAAAUGGAGAACUAAUUUGUGCUACUGGUACUGGCAAUAUGCAAUGCUACAAUGUGUCAAAUUUCAAUCUGCAGGCACAACUCUUGUAUUUCCUCUUUUACAAUGCUGUAAUUUGAGCAGAUUUUGAAAUCAAAUAUACUGUUGGGUUAAGGAUCAUUUCUA